AGUUUUAUGUAUUUUUGUCUAAGACAAAAAAAGUAGCACGUAACAAUUUGGUUUUGUUUAUUUUCUGUCUUGAACACACAUAGCCAAAUACAAUAUUUUGCUUUUGUGUAAUUUUUUGUGUUUGAAUGAUGAGAAACUUGCAAGCAGAAUUCAAUAAACAAUAUCUAUGUUAGGUUUAACUUUGAAUUUGAAAGAUGACAGUAAAUGUUGCACGAAAUUGAUAUAGAGGACUUAAGCUGGGUGUCUGCUGCUUCGGGCAUUAUAAUAAUUGCUUUUACUAUUCUUCUUUAUUGCAUUGCAUGUGGUACUCAUUCCUUGGCAUUGGUCUUCUGACUCAUGGUGUUGCAAAUUUUAAAAUACAAUGUACAUUAGUUUUAAUUGGGUUUCUUAUGUGUAUCAGUUUUCAAAUACUGGCCUGCUGCAUUAUUAUAGUUCCAAGUUGCUACUGGUAUUGGCUGGCUAUGCUAUUCACGUACGCCUACAUGUUUGGCUUAUAAAUUAUAAAUAUGUUACUUGCUUCAAGUCAUGCUGAGAUUGCCAUUUUCUUCCAUUCAAGUCCUUUAUAAUGUAACUAGACUGUUGCAUUAAUUAUUUGUACCUUUUACUUAGCUUGCAACAUCAUGUGGUUGGGAUUGUAAAGGGAUGAUCUAUAACUGACACCUGAACAGGAUGUGGGACUUUGCAAAUUGCUAAAAGCUUGCUCUCUUUUGAAAUCUUGCAGGUUUGUACCCUUUAUCCCAAAUUAUUCAUCUACCCAAAAUCCUGUUACAGUUUUACUUUAGUCAGGAUUAGAUUAUUGAUAAUGUAUUUAAAAUCUUCUACAUUCAUAAUAGGCUUGUCAAAGUAUAGAUGGUUGAAAGUAGUUGAACAGCUGAUAUUUAAUCAUUAUUUUUCCAUGGAUAUGAUUAUAUAGGGAAGUUGUUGAAAAGAAAAUUCUACAAUCUAAGUACAUCUAGGAAUUGUAGAUAUUAGUACAAACCUAUAAUAAAUAUAUUGAUCACUCUUCAGUUUCUGCCUUUUUUGUAUUUCAGUCUUCUUGUAGUUGAGCUAUAUGUGUGGUUAGGCAUUAAUAAUAAAAUCAUGCAUCAGAGUACACAACCACACAAUCAUAACAGACUAGUGUCCUGAGAGCAUAAUUCACUUAAUGCUCAAAACACAUUUUAGCUUUGCUACUGUUGUCCACAGCAAAUGUUUACAACUUGAAGAUGUUAAAUGCCAAAAGAAAAUCUUAAUGGGUGCUUGUACAUAGGAUAUUUAAGGGGACUAAAUUUAAAUUAUUUAAUCAUUUUGCUCAACUUUCACCCUCAUUUUGUCUAUGGUUAUUUUUGUUGUCAUCCUAGUGGUUCUUAUGGGUUGAUUGGCCUAGUCUGCAAAUUGUUUUUAUAUAUUUAUAUAGCAAACAACCUGAUCUGCAAUUAUAAUUUGUUCGUUUUUUAUUUUCUUCAAUGUCACAACCUACUUUCUUCUGAACCAGCUAUACGCCCCUGGAAGUGGGGCAGAGAUUGGGAGUUGAUGGCCUGAAAAUUAGUACCUUUCCCCCAAAUCCCAUUUCAUAAAUAAUAAUAAUCUGCCUGCAUCUUCUUCUUCUUCUUCUUUUAAGUUCUAAUCUGCUUGCUUGCUUUCUAUUUGUUUAUGGUCAUAACUCAUAAUCUGCUUUUUUAAUUUCCUCUUUUAAUGGAGAAUGCGGUCUUUUUCUAUUGUAAUGUAAAUUUGUAAUGACCCGAGUUAAAUGAAUUACAGAAUUAGUU